AACAUCAUUUGAUCCGAACAAUCGAAUGUGGGGACUUCCCUUGUACAAAGGUAAGUUGCGAGGAAGCUUUGAAGAGAUUAAAAAGAAGAAAAUGCACCGGCAGAAACAAAACUAAUAUACUAACUCUGAAAAGCAAUGGAAAAUACGGGUCUGGAAAAUUCUGUGUUGGGAACAUCUGAAGAGCAGAAAUGUAGAGGUGUGGAGGAAGAGGCAAAAACCCAAACAGAAGAAGGUAAUAAAAGACCCAGAGAUCACCCACAAAUGAUAGACACUCAACUCCCAACAAAUGCACCUCCACAAGAUGAAGAUGAAGAAGAAGAAGAGAAGGUUGCGAAGGUUCCAAAGCUCAGCAGUAGAGAAGAGACUGCAGAGGAAACCAAAGAAGAAUCGAGUGCGGCCCCACACCGUCCUCCGAAGCCAAAGAGGAGAAAAAUUGCCAUUUUAGUGGUAUACUGUGGAGUUGGGUAUCAGGGGAUGCAGAAGAAUCCAGGGGCCAAAACAAUCGAGGGUGAUUUGGAGGAAGCUCUGUUCAAGGCCGGGGCAAUCUCAGAAGACCACUACGGGAAUCCAAAGAUGGUGGACUGGACGAGGUCUGCAAGGACUGACAAGGGGGUUAGUGCUGCAGGCCAGAUAGUUUCUGGGAGAUUCGUUAUUGAGCCUCCAGGGUUCGUGUCCAGGGUUAAUUCCCAUUUGCCAGAGCAGAUUAGAGUACUUGGGUUCAAGAGGGUCACUCCAUCUUUUAGUGCCAAGAAGUUCUGUGACAGAAGAAGGUAUGAGUAUGUCCUUCCCGUUUUUGCUUUGGAUCCUAGUGCUCAUAGGGAUAGAGAAAGUGUUUUGGCUAGCGAGGGUAAGGAGGGGGCACUGGUUAAGUGCUUAGAGUGUUCUGAAAGAGGCCGGAAGGUCGUGGGUGUUAUGGGUAGAAAGAAUGAAUACGGUACUAGGGGCCUCAAUGGAAUAGUUGAGGGGAAUGUAAACGAUGAUGCAUUGAAUGAGCAAAUUCUCGGGAAACAUAAUGAAAUGGCUCUGGGAAAUGUAAAUGAGAAUGAGAUCACUGUGGAAAUUUUAGGAAAACAUGAUGAGGUGGCUCUGAGAAAUGUGAAUAAUAAUGAGAUCAAUGAGAAAUUUUUAGGAGAACACAAUGAUACGGCUCUAGGAAAUGUACAUAAUAAUGAAAUCAAUGGGGCAACUUUAGGAGAACAUGAUGAGAUGACUCUGGGAAAUGUGAACAAUAAUGAGAUCAAUGAGGAAAAUUUGGAAAAUCACGAGAAGAUGAUUGUGGAAACUCUGACUAAUAAUGAAAUACGUGAUCUAGCUUUGGAAAAAUGUGGGAUGGUUAAGACUGUUGUAAACAAUGGUGAAUCGAGUGAGAGAACUUUGAAGAUUCUGGAUGGGAUGGUUGUGGAAGCUGUGAAUGAUAACGAACUCAACGAGAAAACUGGAAACCCCUCUGAAAUGAACACUGGUGAUGGUGUUCAUGUUGCAAGCCCCGAUAAACAAUCCAACAAUUUGGAGUCAGCACCGUCUCUUUCUGGUCUGGAGCAAGUCUCUUCUCUGAAAAGAUCUGAACCUCAGAAGGUUCCAGUAGGGCAGAUUGAUGGGUCAGCCAUGAAGAGCAGCUUUUGCUAUGGGGAGAAGGAAAGAGAUAAAUUUAACAACAUCUUAAAGCAGUAUGUUGGAACUCAUAAUUUUCACAAUUUAACGACCCGUACAACGGCUGAAGAUCCCUCAGCAAAUCGCUACAUUCUGUCUUUUGAGGCAAGUGAUAUUUUCACCAUUGACGGCAUGGAUUUUGUGAGAUGCGUAGUUAUGGGACAGAGUUUUAUGCUUCAUCAGAUACGCAAAAUGAUGGGUCUGGCUGUUGCUGUGAUGCGAGGUUGUGCUCCAGAGUCCAUAAUAGCCACAGCUCUUAGAAAGGAUGUUCGUAUGAAUGUACCUACAGCUCCUGAACUGGGAUUGUUUCUGGACGAGUGCUUCUUUCCUUCCUAUAACCAGAAAUGGCAAACUACACAUGAGGAGAUCUCUCUGAAAGGAUUUGAGCAACAAAUAUUGGAUUUCAAGCAGAAAUACAUAUACAAACACAUAGCAUCCACUGAAGUUAAGGAUGGAGUAGUAGCCUUGUGGUUGCAUUCUCUUAAUCAGCGAAAUUACCCAGAUUUUAUUGCUUCAAAGGAAUCACUGAAGCUUCAAAAUGUGACAGAGUCUGUCAUACUCAGCCCCAAGGAAGGCAUGGCUGACACGGAAGUGCUCGUAAAUUAAUUAGUACAAGUGCUAAUAGCAUCAUAUCCCAUCAAUUGGU